AAACUGGAAAAACAGCUGUGUCAUUGAAGAUAAGUACUGUGGGUUGUAAGAUCAACAUAAUUUCUGUGACGUUUCAAUUUUUUAUCAUAAUAUAUGAACGACUAAAGUCCAACGUGUAUGUGUCUCUAGUCUAUUAUCAGCUUGGUUUCGACAGUCUUGUUAAGUUUAGCGGUGACAGUGUUACGUAUCGGUGCAUAUCGUCACUUAUUUUGCUGCCUCUGAUUAGUCUGACUUUCGGUUUUCGGCUCGGCAACGUUUUUCUCUAUUUAUAAAAGCAAAACAAUAAUUGCGGCAAAAUCUUUACGUUCAACGAAAUUUUCCGUAUCGAAAUAUAUCGAUUUUAAUUGUCAAAGCCGUCAAGAUGGUCCAGAAACCGAAAGUAUACGUGGUCGGUGUUGGAAUGACGAAGUUCGAGAAACCCGGCCGGAGAGAAGAUUUUGAUUAUCCGGAUAUGGCGAAAGAGGCAGUGACCAAAGCUUUGCAGGACGCUCGUGCGUCCUAUAACGAUGUUCAAGCUGUCUGCGUUGGAUAUGUAUAUGGCGACUCCACCUGCGGUCAAAGAGCGGUGUAUGAGAUCGGACUCACCGGAUGUCCUAUUUACAAUGUCAACAACAAUUGCUCUACGGGUUCUACUGCUCUCUAUCUUGGCAAACAAAUUAUUGAAAGUGGAAACGCACAGUGUGUCUUGGCUCUUGGUUUUGAAAAAAUGGAGCGAGGCUCUUUGAUGUCAAAGUACACAGAUCGUACAAAUCCCAUGGGCAAACAUGUUGAGCUCAUGGCAGAACUUGCAGGUAUUUCUACCGGUCCCAUUGCUGCUCAAUUAUUUGGCAAUGCCGGUCUUGAACAUAUGAAGAAAUAUGGCACGAAGCUUGAGCAUUUUGCAAAGAUUGCAUAUAAAAACCAUUUACAUUCCACAAACAAUCCUUAUUCUCAAUUCCAAGAGAAGUACACUUUGGAACAAAUUAUGAAUGCACCAAAAGUACACGGGCCAUUGACCAAACUUCAGUGUUGUCCUACUUCUGAUGGUGCGGCAGCUGUUAUUCUGGCUAAUGAAGAAUUUGUUCGAAAGAAUCACUUGGAAAUGCAAGCUGUUGAAAUUUUAGCUAUGGAAAUGACUACUGACUAUGCUUCAACAUUUAAUACUCAGUCAUGCAUGAACCUUGUUGGAUAUGACAUGACAAGAAAUGCAGCGGAAAAAGUUUUUGCGCAAACUAAUUACAGACCUGACGAUGUAGAUGUGAUAGAACUACACGACUGUUUCUCCACAAAUGAAUUGAUAACUUAUGAAGCUUUGGGAUUGUGUUCUCCUGGUCAGGGCGGCAAGUUGGUGGAUUCUGGAAACAAUACUUAUGGUGGCAAAUACGUUGUAAAUCCCAGCGGUGGUUUAAUUUCGAAGGGACAUCCACUGGGAGCUACGGGAUUGGCGCAGUGCUCCGAGCUGUGCUGGCAGCUUCGCGGCGAAGCCGGUAAAAGACAGGUGCAAGGUGCGACAUUAGCACUGCAGCACAACAUAGGUCUAGGUGGUGCGGUUGUCGUGGCUCUAUAUCGCUUAGGUUUCCCAAAACAAGGAGCGAUGAAGAAAAGAGUCAACGUCGCUUCCGAUCCGAGUGUGUUCCAAGCAAAUGUGCUAUUCAAGGUACUGGAGGUCGCAAUGGAAGAGGACGAGGAAGGUUUGAUCGAAAGAGUGCGCGGUGUUUACGGAUUUAAAGUCAUAAAUGGUCCCGGCGGCGCCGAAGGCUAUUGGGUCGUAGACGCCAAAACUGGCAAGGGAAAAGUUGAAUAUAACGGCAAAACCAAACCCGAUGUUACAUUUACGAUCAGUGAUACUGACAUUGUCGACUUUAUUUCUGGAAAAUUAAAUCCGCAAAAAGCUUUCUUUCAAGGAAAAGUCAAAAUUCAAGGAAACAUGGGGCUUGCUAUGAAAUUACCUGAUCUACAAAAACGUGCCGCCAAAAAGAUCGAGUUACUUCGCUCAAAAUUAUAAGAUGCCUAAAGUUCAAAAGUUGUUUGUAUCACACACACGUACAAUUGCAAUAUAAAAAAAGAUUUAAUACUGUAUAAAUAAUUUUAAAUGGCUUUUAAAGAAGCAUGUGUCAUUAAAAAAUAAAAAUUGUAUCUUGUUUCAUGUAGUCGAGAUUCAUAGUAACGCUUUUCUGUAUUCAUGAUGUGUAAGCUAUUCGUUUUCAACAUGUUUGUGAGCGCUUUACACGAAACAAACAGAUAUCUUUAAAGCUUUAGUUGGAAUAAAUCAAUGAUAAAAACAUUUACGUAACAUGUGUACAUAUACAUAUUGAAAUAAUACAGAUUAUAUAUA